AUGCCUAUUCAACUUAGCCAGUGCUAUGCAGUAUCUACAACGCAUGAAGGCAUGCCUUAUAAUGGAGAGGGUACGCCAUCUACGAUAUACGAGGGCUUGCAACCCUUCAAUGCAGAAGAAACAGAGGUGGAAAAUUUCUUGGAUUUUGACCUGGAUAUGAACUUCUUACCAAGCUUGUUUGACCUCAACACCGGGAUUGAGCGACCUGAUAAUCCCCUGCUGGCGCCAAAAGAGCCCGAAGGGCUUGCGGUUAGAACCCCUGGACCUCCUACGCCCUUGACUCCUGCAGCGGUGGCUGAGAUGUACAACCGCAGUCUUUCACCAUCCCUGGAAGGAGAAGCUAUGGAGCCACGUCAAUAUCAGCCUAGUGCCACUGGUAUCGACGCUCUGUUUUCAUUCCCCAACAUGGAGCACCUCUCUACUGAGGAAGUAGAUCAAGAGAAUCUGGCGCAUGUCCCUGAAGUUUCAAACAUUGUCGUCGACCAGAUGGCUCAAUUGGCACUGACUAUUGAGACUACAUCGAAUUUUCCGCGCUUUGUUGAGUUGAGGAUGCCACCUGCUUCUGUUAUCAAUGCCUGGGUGCAACUCUACUUCGAACAUUUUCAUCCAGUGUUCCCGUUCCUACAUAAGCCGUCCUUUGGAACUUCCGAUACACAUUGGCUACUUAUGUUUGCUGUUAGCGCCAUAGGAGCUCAAUUUUCUGAGCUGCCCCAAUCGCAAGCCUGUUCAAGGGCCAUGAAUGAAAUUGUCCGGCGGUCGGCAUCUUAUCUGUGCGAAAACAAUAAUCAAAACAGUCGUGAACUCUGGCUGACACAGGCAAUCCUGCUCAAUCAACUGGCCUUGCGGUAUUCCGGGGAACGGAGGGCCCUCGAAAUCGCCGAGUCAUUGCAAGCUCUUCCGGUGACUUUGGCUCGCCGGAAAAGAUUGUUCACCAGCCAUUUGCCUCAUGAACGACUAUAUCAUCUCGACCUACCCCUGGACCAGAGAUGGCAGAUCUGGACUCUUGACGAGGAGAGGCGGCGAACUGGCUUUGCCAUCUGGGUGAGUGGAUGCAUGCUCUGA